AUGGUGCUGCUGGGUCGGGGAAGCGGAGGGAAGCGGGGAGCGCACGUCCGCAUGUCCGCUCUUUCCCUGAAGCGGUGGCGCGUGGGGGAGAGGGUGGAGGUUUCCCGCCCGGGGGAAGGCCUUCAGGGGGGAUGGUUCACCGCCGUGCUGAUGGCGGUAGAUAGAGGCGCGCAGAGGGGUUCAGUGCGGUACGAGGAGAUGAUGGAGGCCGACGGGGUGACCAGGCUGAGUGAAGACGUCAGCUUGGAUCAAAUCCGCCCCGUGCCACCUGGCAUAGAGGGAGACGACCCUGCCACGUGGACUGAGGGCCAUGCAGUGGAUGCUUGGCACAUCAAUGCCUGGUGGGUCGGCACCAUCCUUGCCCGAACCACACCCGAACCUGACUCUCUCGGUGCCAUGCCUGGCGCUAGGCUCGGCACCGAGGCUGAGGUGCCGGCGUUCCGAGUGGGUCUGCGGGGAUUAGAGGACCAGAAGGAUCACCAGCAGCGACCGAACAAGCAGCAGCAGCACCAGGUGUUGGGGAGUGUAGGGGAGAGUGUGGAGGAGAGCGUGGAGGAGAGUGUGGAGGAGAGUGUGGAGGAGAGUGUGGAGGAGAGUGUGGAGGAGAGUGUGGAGGGCCGUGCAGGCAGGGGCAGGGUGGUGACAGUAGGAAAGGGUGCCGUUAUUGAAGGGCGGGCUGGCUCUGUGAGUGUGGGUGAUGCUGGUGAUUGGAAGGGAUGUGAAGGAGGAGGAGUUGCCCGAGGGGAUGGUGGAGAGAGGGAUGGUGGAGAGAGGGAUGGUGAGGCAGAGAGUGAAGUGAACAAGAAGGGUGGGGAGGAGGGUGGAGAGAAGGAUAGAGAGGAGGGUGGUAGGCAAGGUAGUGAGGAGGAAGUACGUCAUAAAGGAAGGGAGAAUUGUAGGGGGUGUGAGACAGGAGGAGUCGAGAAGGCCACUGGUCUGGCCACGAUUCUUGGCAGCUCAGCAGGUUACUGUGCGCGCCUGCUAGGUGCAGUGGGAGGGGAGGAGGUAAGGGAAGGAGUGGAAGAGAAUGGAGAAGAGGAGCGUAGGGGAAGGUGUGAUGAACGAGCAGGUGAGGAGGCCACUGGUGUAGCCACGAUCCUUGGCAGCACAGCAGGCAUCUUUGUGCGAAUGCAUGGUGCAGUGGGAGGGGAUGGGGUAAGGCAAGGAGUGGAAGAGAAAGGGCCGGGCCAAGGUGGAGGCUUGAAACCAGGCAAGGUGGGUGGGCGUGAGUGCUCGGCAGCAGAUGACACCUGUCAGGAUGACACCUGUCAGGAUGGCACCUGUCAGGAUGGCACCUGUCAGGAUGGCACCUGUCAGGAUGGCACCUGUCAGGAUGGCACCUGUCAGGAUGGCACCUGUCAGGAUGGCACCUGUCAGGUUGACACCUGUCAGGAUGGCACCUGUCAGGUUGACACCUGUCAGGAUGGCACCUGUCAGAGUAAACCCUGUCAGGAUGACCCGUGGGAUUUGAGUGCUACAGAUGCUGCUGUCAGUGCUGCCGCUGCUCCUUCUGUGGUUGUUUACAAGCGGAGGAAGACGGUUCAGGGAUGGCUGGGAACGAACGUGGCUCGCAGCAAGGGAGAGUUGCACACACACAGGGGGACUCUUGUGGAGGAGAAGGAGAUGGAGCUUGAGAGGGGUGGUGGUAUGAGAUUCGGGAGUGGGGUUGGUAAGAGUGCGGUUGGUGGCAAGGUGAGGAAGAGGGAGGGGCUUGCGCGGCAGUGCAAGGGAAAGAGAGGAGGAGAGCAGAGCAGUUUAGAAGAAGGUAGAAGAGGAGGAGGGAGAGAAGGUGUUUUAAAGGCCAUCACACAUGCAACAAGCAGCAAUCCGCCUUCCACCCCCAAUGCCACGCUGAAAUCACCUGCUUUAUUGAAAUCACCUGAUCUGCUGAAAACACCCGAUCUGCUGAAAGCACCUGGUGCGCAUCUCACCACACCCGUGGCCUCACGUGCCCUUGGCGCGCCAGCGGCGGGCACACCUGCCUUUUGUGUUAGUGCUGUUGCUGUUGUUGCCCCCCCUGCCACCCCUGCCGCGAUGCCUGCAACCCCCGUGGUGGCUGGGGAGAAUCUGAGAGGGCAGCGGGGGCAGCGGGGCCAACUGUCAGGCCAACUGCCAGGCCGACUGGCAAAGGCAGCUAUUGAAGCGCUUCAAGACAGGCGAGGAGAAGGAGGGGCGGUAGAUGGUGGGAGGAGCAGUGAGGAGGCGGAGGAGGUGGAAGAGGAGGAGGUGGAGGAGGUGGGAGAGGAGGGGGUGGGGGAGGAGAUGGGAGGUGGAGAGGGGAUUACGUGGGAUAAGGAGGUUCUGCUUACAGACCUGCGCAGGGCAUUAAGUAUUUCGAAUGACCAGCACUCCCGGCUGCUUGCUGCUCUGCUGUCACGAAGUGAGGCUGCCCUCCGCGACCCCCCCGCCCCCACCGCAGGGCUCUCUAGGGAGCCUCGUUUGCUGAGGCCUGCUUCGAAGGUGUGGAGGCCACUCAUCCCUUGGAAGGGUCCUCCAAACUCGACAUCCUCCCUCUGCGUCCGCCCGAAACCUUCUUCGCACACGCUCACCACCACCGCAUUCCGCUCCCUCUCCGCCACCUCCGCCACCGCUACCACAGCAGCAACGGCAGCCAAAUCCAGUCGUCUGCUGUACACUCUCCGCCCAUCCUCGCCCCCUAGGCAGCGCUCCCCUCCCCGCCUUCCCACGGCUGCUGCUGCUGCUCUGUACAGCGCAGGGCAUGCCCUGGACGGCUCCCCUCGUCUCCGAUCCGCAGCUGCUGCCUCUGCUGCCGGCCGCAGCCUGUUCCUGGGACAGAGGAGCUUGAUCCUGGGUCAGCCUGGGAAAAGGUCUCCACCCACGUUAGAUUUCAGAAGGCUUCGAAUCGCAAACGAGGCGGGACCAGCAGAGAGCGCUACAUCGGACGCCAAUGGCACUGCGCUGAGCCCCGCUGCGUCCUCCGAGGACACCAUUCAGGCGCUUAAGGCGUCCCUCGCCGCCGCAGAGGAAGCGGCAGCCAGCGCGCUGCAAGCCAAAGAGCUUGCUCUAGAAGCAGUAACGGUGGCGGAAGCAAAGGUCGAAUCCAUGUCCGCUCAGAUGGUCCUGACGACCGAAGAGGCGGUUAACGAAGUAGAGGCGGCUAAGGAGAAGUUUAAAGAGGAGGUGGCGAGGCUGCAGCGGGAGAAGGAGGAGGUGGAGCAGCAGCUGGCGCAGGCGAAGCAGGAGGGGAUUGAUCUCGCGAUGAAGGUGGAGCAGAUGGCGGCGCUGGCAGUGCAGGAGCAGACCCAGGCCGUGGCGGAAGACGCGCGGCUCAAGAUCGCCGCGGCCAAGGCGGAGGCGGCGGAUCUGGCGGCGCAGAUGGAGGAGAGGAUCAGGCUUGCUGCGGAUGAGGCCGCUGCUGCUGUGAUCGAGGAGGCGAAGGCGACGAUAGAGGACGCAAUAGCAGCGGCGGACAUUGCCAAAGAGCAGGCGCGGUCGGCGGAGGCGGCGCUGCAGGAGCGGCUGGACGUUUUGGACCGCCUGGGGCACGCGGAGGUGGCGCUCAUGCGCUCCGAGGAGCAGCGCACGGCGCUGCAGCUGAAGCUGGAGCAGGCGGAAAGCGAGAAGGAGACCCUGCGGAUGGAGAUCAAGGCGGCCAUAGCACGUGCAGAAGCAGCAGAGUCGCGCAUAGUGUCGACCCAAGCAGCAGUGGCGGAGAUCCAGGCGCUGGCGGAGAGGACGGCCAAGGAGAGAGAGGAGGGCACUGAGAGGGCGCUGGAUGCCAUGCGGCUGGCAUCGGAGGGCAGGGAGAAGGCGGCAGCACUGGCGUACAAGGCGGAGACGGAGAGUCUGAGGGCGGCAGCCAUGGCGGCUCAGAAGGCGGACAAGGUCAAGGACCAGGCCGUGGCCCGCCGCUUCGCCGCGCUCCAAAGGAGCCUUGCGGCUGCGGAGGAGAGCACGAGGAAGUGGAGGGAGCGGUGCUUGGCAGUGGAGGAGCUGUUCGCUCUGGCCAAAUCGCGUGGGCUGGAUGCUGUGAAGGAAUCCUCUGCGCCUGCUGCCGCCCCUUCUGUUCCUGCUGUUCCUGCUGCGCCUGUGGAGGCGGAGGUGGGGGAAGCUGUGGGGCGUGGGCGCAUGGACGUGAUGCUGGGGACGCAGUCGGAGAAGUGGCGCAUUCUGGCCGACGGGCCCAGGCGGGAGCGCCCCGAGUGGCUGCAGCGCAAGACGCUCACCACCACGCCGCUGCCGUCGCUGCCCGUGUCUGUGGAGCUGGAGAAUGUGCAGGCGGCCGUGCCGCUGCAGCUGCCCACGCCUGAUGAUGUGUGGUCGAUUGCUCUGCACAAGGUGGCGGAUGACAAGUUCACCAAGGAGGCGGAGGCGCGCGAGGCGGAGGCAAAGGAAAUUGAGGAGAAGCGCAAGGAGCUGGAGCGCGCCCUGCAGCGCAAGGCGCCCAAACGCAUCCGCUCGCCCGAAGAGCUGGAGGAGAGCAAAGAGUCCGGCACGGGAAGUGGUCGCGAGGUGGUGAUCCAGGCGUUCAACUGGGAGAGCAACAAGCGCGACUGGUACCUGGAGCUCGCCCCCAGAGCUGCUGACCUGGCAGCCUGCGGCAUCACGGCUGUGUGGCUGCCACCCCCCACGGAGUCAGUGUCGCCACAAGGGUACAUGCCGGUGGACCUGUACAACCUCAACUCGUGCUACGGCACCAAGGAGCAGCUGCAGUACUGCAUCGACGAGCUGCACAACCACGACCUCCUUGUGCUGGGAGAUGUGGUGCUGAACCACCGCUGUGCGUCCAAGCAGAGCCCCGAGGGCAUUUGGAACAUCUUUGGCGGCAAGCUGGCGUGGGGCCCGGAUGCCAUUGUCAGGGACGACCCCAACUUCCAUGGCCGCGGCAACCCCAGCAGUGGCGACAUAUUCCAUGCGGCGCCCAACAUCGAUCACUCGCAGGACUUUGUGCGGAAGGACAUCUGCGAGUGGCUGCGCUGGCUGCGCGCCGACGUGGGCUACGAUGGCUGGCGCCUGGACUUCGCCCGUGGGUUCUGGGGCGGGUACGUGAAGGAGUACAUUGAGGCAUCGAGCCCCGCGUUCUGCAUUGGCGAGUACUGGGACAGCCUCAGCUAUGAGGGCGGCACCGUCUCCUACAACCAGAACGCGCACAGGCAGCGCAUCAUCAACUGGAUCAACGCCACUGGAGGCACCUCCUCUGCUUUUGACGUCACCACCAAGGGCAUCCUGCAUGCAGCACUGCACAACGAGUAUUGGCGGCUGAUUGACCCACAGGGCAAGCCCCCGGGCGUCAUGGGGUGGUGGCCGUCUCGAGCCGUCACCUUCCUUGAGAACCACGACACUGGCUCCACUCAGGGCCACUGGCCCUUCCCACGCGAGAAGCUCCUGCAGGGAUACGCCUACAUCCUCUCCCAUCCCGGCACGCCGGUUGUGUUUUACGAUCACCUGUACGAGUUUGGCAUCCAUGAUCAAAUCGCCGAGCUGAUUGCCGCCCGGAAGCAUGCAGGUGUGCACUGCCGAUCGCCAGUGAAGAUUUUCCACGCAGUUGCGCAGGGGUAUGUGGCGCAGGUCGGGGAUAACCUGGUGGUCAAGCUCGGCCACUUUGACUGGAACCCAUCCCGCCAGAACGAUCUGAUGGGGCGGUGGGAGAAGCUUGUCGACAAGGGGAAUGAUUACAUUCUCUGGGAGAAAACGGCAGAUUUGGAGUUCCGACAACCAGCCUUGCUCAUGGCGUCACCUAUUGAAAAGACAGAGAAUGGUCGAGGUUCGUUACCAAACGAAAGCACCCCUUUGUUGCCAGCUAAGGCACAAGAUAUCCCAAUUCACGCCUCGCUUGACCAGAAUGGAGAAUUUGAAGGGAUUUCUCAUGGACAUCCCGGAAGCACCCUGGGAUCUGCCAUAUUUAACCUCUCCAACACCAUCAUUGGUGCCGGGAUCAUGGGACUUCCAGCGACCAUAAAGGUCCUGGGAAUUCCUCUUGGUCUGACAGUGCUGGCCAUAAUGGGAGCGGUGAAUGAAUACUCACUCCAGCGGCUUCUCAGAAGCACAACUGCAGCUAAAGCGUGGUCCUUUGGUGAUCUAAUGGCUGCUACGUAUGGAAGAGUUGGAAGAUUUUUGCUCCGAACGAGCAUCUUUGUCAAUAACACAGGCAUCCUCGUCAUCUACCUUGUCAUCAUAGGGGAUGUACUGUCUGGUUCGGACGGCGCAGAUGGAGAGCACUACUCAGGGUUACUCGAGGAGUGGGCUGGAGGUUCCACAUGGUGGAACAGCCGUCUCACUGUGCUCCUUGCCUCAAUUGUCACUGUUAUCGGGCCUCUUGCCGCCCUUCCUGACAUAGACUCCCUCUGGUUCACAUCAGGACUGUCAGUCCUGCUAGCAGUUGCUUUUGUCAUCAUCACCAUCCUCAUUACUUUGUACAAGCUAGUUGAAGGGACCAUUGAUUGGUCUGGAGUGCACUGGUUUCCUCAGCUGAACACAUCGCAGGACUACUGGCACCUCCUCUCUGUCAUCCCCACCAUGGCUACGGCCUUCACAUGCCACUACAACAUGCAUCCUAUUCUGGUGGAGCUAAAGCCACCUCGAGAAGAGAAGAUGCAGAAUGCGAUACAGAAAACAUUUUUUGUUUGCACGAGUGUAUACACUGUGACAGCUCUUUUUGGUUACCUCCUUUUCGGUGAAGCGACCUAUGCUGACGUCCUUGCAAACUUCGACUCUGACCUUGGGAUUCCUGGAAGCCGCUACUUGAAUGACAUUGUCCGGCUAUUUUAUGCGCUUCACCUGAUGCUGGUUUUCCCUGUGAUUCACUUCUCGCUCCGGUCCACAGUUGGAUUCGUGCUGUUUCCACAUUCAGUACCUCUCAAGCAUGAUCUUUGUGGAUAUAUCUUCACCACGGUUUUGCUGUUAGGGACCAUUCUGGCAGCUUCUCUUUAUGUCCCUGGGAUUCAGUCAGCAUUUGAGCUAGCAGGCUCAACAGGAGCAGCCACCAUUGCUUUCUGUCUCCCUGGGAUGGUGGCACUAAGUGAGAGAGCCGGGGGCUUGACAGCUCCAGCCACCCAAAGAGCUGCCGCAUGGUUUUUGCUGCUCUUAGGACUCGGAGUGUGUUUUUCGGGCCUCGCCGACAGCAUUCAUACGUUCUUACAAUAG